AUGGUUGCUAGAGAAGGGACAGAAUUAAAAACACGCCAAGAAAACAUAUCUUCACAAUCUAGCUGGUUGAGCACAGAAGAAAGGAACCAAGCUUUGUAUGAUCUUAAAGCUGCUGGCUGGUCUGAACUCACUGAAAGAGAUGCUAUAUUCAGAGAAUUCAUAUUCAAAACUUUUAAUCAGGCCUUUGGUUUUAUGACUCGGGUAGCUCUUCAGGCUGAAAAGAUGAAUCAUCAUCCUGAGUGGUUUAAUGUGUACAACAAGGUCCAGAUAACGCUCAUUUCCCAUGACUGUGGUGGCCUGACAAAGCGAGAUGUCAAGCUGGCUCAAUUUAUUGACAAAGCUGCUGCGUCUUGUCUAACAACUGGGUGCUAAAGUAAUAAUUAAAAAAAAAAUCUACAAUGUGUUUAUUUAGUCUUCCCUCUUAAAAAAGUUAAUCCUCAAAUUUCCCCAUUGUUGUAGAAGCUUUUGCAUAGAUAC